UAAAUUGAACUACAUUUCCCAUCAUCCCUUGUUACCGGAUACGGAAAUUCUAAACGGGAAGAAUGCGGAGAGUGAGCCGGAGAGCCUGUGAGGAGGGCCCCCUGCUGGAGGAGCAGGAGACGGAGGGCCAGAGGCAGCUGCACAGCCUCCUGCUGCAGCAGCUCCACACCGCUGUUGACAUCGAUCGAUGUGUUGCUAAGAAGCAGUGCUUUGCUCCAGCUGCGCUUUAUCGGCCGUUUGGGGAUCAGGCGGCGGGGGUGAGAAGCCUCUCCCAGUUCCAGGCUCUGCAGGAUGGGGAGAAGGAGCUGGUCAGUCUGAGGGAACUGGGCCUCACUGACGCUGAGAUCCAGCUGUGGCAGAGCAGAAAUGCACCGGACUCAGGAGACAAGCCCAGCGGCGUGGGCGCAGCUCCGGAUGCAAAGCAGCAGCGUCUGCAAACCAUCCGGGACAAGAUGGCAGCCAGAGCAGAGCUCCUGUCCCGACCGCAGCGCUUCUCCGCCAGCAGGCCGCUCUCACGCCGGGAGAUGGAGAUCGAACAAGCGCUGUUCCACGGGAACGAGCGGCUGGGAUUUCUCACAGCCCUUUACCAUCGAGAUGGCAAUGCAGACGAGAACCAGCAGGGGGCGUCAUCCUCUGACCCAAUGGACUCUAUUUACAGAGAUGUUUUGAGGUGUCAGACACAAAUAUCACCAGAGGACUCUUCCGGUCAUCAGAACCUGGAAUCAUCAGCUUCAUCCACAUCUGGAGCGACAUGGGACCAAUCAGAACGCUUUGAGAGCAGCACCAGCCAAUCAAACGAGCCCUCUGGCUGUGAGCCAGAUCCUCAGAGCGAGGAUGCCUCAGAGCAGCUGCAGAAACCUCAGGACAGAGUAGAGACAGACCAACCGGAUCCUCCCGUACGCAUAGAUGUGAACCGACCAAUCGGCAGCCUGGCUGGAGCAUCAGCGGCCCGCUCAGGAAAACCGCUGACUGCCUGCGGGGAGAUCGAGACGCUGACGGAUGAGGAAAUUCUGAACAACCGUGAAUCUGAGGAGGGGAUCCGAAGCAUCCCGAGGUUCAAGAGCUACCAGCCAGGAAACGCUUCGAAGGUUCUGUGUGUGAAGAACCUGAGUGCCCAGGCGUCCAUCGCCCAGCUGGUGGCGCUGUUCUCCAGAUUUGAGCAGAAGGACGGCCCUCCGGUUGUUUACCGGCUGCUGACGGGAAGGAUGAAAGGUCAGGCCUUCAUCACGCUGCCAGACUGUGAAGCAGCUCAGAAGGCCCUGCAGUUGGUCCAUGGAUACCGGCUGCUGGGGAAACCUUUGGUGGUUGAGUUUGGCCGUGAGCGACAAGAAGAGGAAAAAAGGAAGCAGGAAGGACAGACGGAGGAGAACAGGAAGAAGGAAGGAGAGACGGAGGAGAAAAGGAAGCAGGAAGGAGGGACGGAGGAGAAAAGGAAGCAGGAAGGAGGGACGGAGGAGAACAGGAAGCAGGAAGGAGAGACGGAGGAGAAAAGGAAGCAGGAAGGAGGGACGGAGGAGAAAAGGAAGCAGGAAGGAGGGACGGAGGAGAACAGGAAGCAGGAAGGAGAGACGGAGGAGAAAAGGAAGCAGGAAGGAGAGACGGAGGAGAACAGGAAGCAGGGAGGAGAGACGGAGGAGAAAAGGAAGCAGGAAGGAAUGACGGAGGAGAACAGGAAGCAGGAAGAAGAGACGGAGGAGAACAGGAAGCAGGAAGGAGAAAGAGAGAAUUAA